GCAGGCGAGUAAUCUCUGGCAAACUGACCACAGCCACACCGUCAGACUACCGACAGCGAUUUUUUAAAACGAAAAUCCGUCCCGAACCGGGAAUUUCAUCGAGUUUUGAUGCCGAAAUAUUGGCCGGAAAGCACUAUCCAUGGACUUCCAUCUCUGACGAUCGUUUUUGAGAGCUGAUAAUGAUGAAGAUGAAGCUGCGAGCGGCGGGAGGAGAAAAUCACCGAUGCGACUUGAAUUCCGUUAACGGAUCGGAUCGGGAGAGCGGCACCGGGGCGGCUCAGCUCGAUAAGGAGGCGGUUUUCGAGUGGUUCGGGCUACAGUUGAACCCAGCUGGACGCGUGGAGCUGCUUUGCGGGCUUCUGCAUAUGUGUCAGCCGUUAGAGCUGCGUUUCCUCGGCGCCUGUCUGGAGGAUCUGGCCCGGAGAGAUUUCACCGUCCUACGGGACUUCGAGAUCCGGGCCAACAGCCCCGCCGAUUUGGAGGGGCUGGUAGACGUAAGCGAUCCCGUGGUGUUGUCUAAACUACUCGUGUAUUUGUCUCUGCUCGGUUCCAAGAGUAGGGAAUGCGCCUGUAUUCUCUUCAGGACGUUGAGUCGGAUGGACGUGGGGAUGUACGGGGCUCUACCGGAGCCGGAGACGGUGGAUCAGCUGCGGCUGCUCUUCACCAUGGGCUCGCUACACCCGGCGUUCAGUUUCUAUCAGCGGGAAGAGCUGCGAGCGCAGUUGGACAGACUCCAAAGAUGGAGCCGGUUUUCCAGACCGGGGUUUCUCUGUCCUCACCGCGAGGAUGAUGGAGACUGGACUCUUUGCAGCAACGCAAACCCACACCUCAGCGGCACAUCACAGCGUGAAGUAGUGCACAUUGAGAAGAUCAUUUUGAAGGAGAUUUCUGUGGGAGGAGACGGCAGGCAUUACAGUUUUGAGGUGAAAUGGUCAGACUCUUCAUCAUCUGCUGUCACUAAAAGUCAUCGCGAGUUGGAGGAUUUUCUGUUAAAGCUUCCUAAGGAGCAGAGUCCUGAUGGCUUUGAGAAGGGCAUCGUCAGAUUACUCAGUCGUGGCGAUCAAUGUGAAUCCAGAGACCUGGAGAGAAACCUCAGGGAGAAAUUCCUAUCUUUAUCACAGGAUGUCCUUAGGAGAUGUGACAUUUCCAGGUUCUUCCUGUCUGAUGCAUCUGUACUGCCCUGUAGCCACUGUACCAGUGCGCCUGUAACCAGAAUCCAUCAGCCUGAACGAGGUUUUUCUGAGGACUGCUCUGAGACUUCCAGCCUGGAGGAGGAUGUGGAGGGUUACAACGUCAGAGCUGCAGGAUUAAGUAAUCAGCGCUCUGAAUGCCAGAGAAGGGGAAACUGUGAGCAGAAUGGAGAGAGAGUUUGGACGAAAGAGAAUGAAUUGGAACAGAGCUGCACCAAUGACAGAAGACUCUUCCAAGCUGGACAAAAGAACAAAGGACGAUCGGCUGGAAAACGAGACAGAGUCCGGCGAGUGACUGCUGUCAAGAGUUCUAAUGGGAUCCAGAAACCUUCUGCAGCACUGAUGAUCAACCAGGCAGCUUGCAAAGAUGCAGGAAGGGAUCGCUAUGGGGACACGUCAUCAGAGAGCUCAAACUCUGUGCCAUCCAGCCCUGUUCACCAGAAGAGCCUGGAGGACCAAGAUACUGAGAGUCAGUCUGAUAACUCGGCCCAGGAACCAACUGAAAAGACUCAACCCACCAAAGGCGUUGGCGGCAAAGCUGUUGCCAUGGUGAAUCCACUAGUUGCCGAGCCCCAGAAUGUCCCUCAGACGCCUUCAGUAGUAGAACUGGCACUGACCGCGUGCCUCCCCUACUCCCUUCAGUACAACACCACCCAGAGGGAUGCUGGCCAGGGUCAGAUAACCAUCACUAUCCCGCUAGCCCAAAACCCAGGAACAUCAUCGUCCGGCACUCAGCCACAGCAGCAGCCACCGCUGGGGGCUUUCAGUGUCCUCUCCGCUGGUCAGUGUCCUCUGCAGCCUGCCAACACCACCACGGCCAACAGUGCCAUCAAAACAACCCCAAAGGCCCCCAUUACUGCCAGUGCCCCUUCCAGCUCAUGCGGUGGUCAAGUACCCAUACCUGUUCCUACAAGUGUACCCACACACACUCCAGGCCCAGCGCCCAUGCCGGCUCCUGCGGUCACACACAGCACCGCUCCGAGCGAUUCUUUGUCCUACAUCAACAGCUCCAGCUUACCAGUUACGCCAUUAGCUAGUGGGACGCAACAGGCAGGAGGAUGCAACACCUGCGGCUGCCGGGGCACCUGUGGAGGCAACGGUGCCCAUCAAACACACAGCUACUUCCUGCCACCCCAACCUGCCCGACAGAUGUUUGGGCCACCGCCGCCGCCUUUCUUCCACCUCGCUCCGUCUCUAUGCAAUAGUUUCCCGGCUCAGAGUCACCAGAAUAACGGGACGCCUCUGCCCUUCUAUGCCCACACGGUUUCUCCUGCGUUCCUGCACGCUCACUCUGAACACAUGCUGGCAUCGCAGGCGGGAUACAGUCUGCCUCAGAUGACCCCCUUCCAUCGCUUCUACCAACCUAUGUUUCCGCCGGUCGGCCUGAUGUCGGGAGGAAACAACAUGAAGAAGACCAACAACGUGUCCUGCUAUAACUGCGGCAUGAGUGGACAUUACGCUCAAGACUGCAAGCAACCAUCCAUUGAUGCCGGGCUGACAGGCAAGUGGUUACCGGCUGAAGUAUGUUGCUCCAAACUCCUCAGAAGCACUAGAUAAAAACGAUUGACAUCAAGCAGGGGACCAAAGGCCUGUCAGUCAGCGAUUCCAGAGACCCUUCAGACUGAGAUUAUUCAAGCAUCCUCAUCCAGAGAGGUUUGCUUUAAAAAGAAGCAAUGCAAACUACACCGUUGCUAACUUAAUGGCUUCUCUCUUAGGAUUUAAAUUAUCUUAAUGUUAUAGUUUAAAUAAAUAGGAUGGAUUUGUUUUUGUUUUAGUUUCAAAUAACUAGUUUAUUAUUGUCAGAAGGAAUUUUUAUAUAUAAGCAGACGUUCUCAUUAGCGGCGUCUGGCGGAGUUGAUGAGAAAAUUAAGAAACUUGAGUCCUUUAGUGCAGUAUUUUUGGUUUCUGACACGGGUGAAUCUUUAUAGGCUUUUUAUACAAGAGAAAAACGACACAGAGAAAAAAAUACUGUCAGUGAAUAUUUUGGAAGUUCUUGUUUUGUUAUUAUGCAGUUCUCUGAAGCGUAUAAUGAUGCUCUUGCGACAUUAUACGCUGUUGGUUUGUCAUUUUCUGAACGUGAUGCACUACAAAUGUUGAUCUCUGAUAAAAAUGUGAGUCGUGUUUAUUUGAAAUGCACUGAAACCCCAAGAAUCUACAGUACUGCCUCUCAUUGACAUGCUCUGACCACUAGAGGGCACCUGCAGAUUCAGCCCUCAAUUUAUGUAGGAGAAUCUAGGGUAGUUCACCCCAAAACAAAUAAUAAUCAUCAAAAUUUGAGGUCAGUUUAAACAGCCUCAGGUCAUUUAAGAUGUAGGUGAAUUGUUUUUUUGUUUUUUUUUCAGAAGAACAAAAGGAAAUUCUAGCUGAAAAUGUUUGGUGAUUUAUUAAUAACAAUAAAAAAAAAUCAGUAUUACCACAGACUGAUUAAUUUGUUCAUUUAUAAGACUAUUGUCAGACGCCACAGGUUUUAAAGGGAUAGUUCACCCAAAAAUGAUAAUUACUCACUAUUUACUCACUCUCAAGCGGUUUUAAACAUGUUUAUUCUGUUAAAGAAGAUAAAGAAGCAAGCUGAAAACCUGUAACCAUUGACUUCCAUAAUUGUUUUUCCUAAUAUGGAAGUCAAUGGUUACAGGUUCCCAACUUUCUUCGAAAUAUCUUCUUUUGUGAUCACCAGAAUAAAAUAAAGUCAAGUUUGUGACUGCUGAAGUGCGAGUAAAUGAUGACAGAACUUUCAGUUUUGAGUGAACUAUCCCUUAUUCUGUUUUUUGAUCCACUUUUUAAUGUUCACUUGCAUUUUAUGAACGCUGAAGCAACAUUGUGCUACAAAUCUUAUUUAAUUUCCUACAACAAAAAAAACGUGCCCUACAUCUUGGAUGACCUGAGAAUGAAUAAACUAACAGCCAAUUUCCUUCAUUGUCGUCGUUGUUGUUGUACGGUCCCUUUAAGUGUUCUGGAUCUUCCAAAAAUCCUUCCUAAAUAUCCUAAAGCACUGUUCGAGCAAAUGCAAAUGUGGUUUUGACAUGAGAAAACUCUAGCCAAAGGGAGUUAAUAACACUAAAAGAUUUCGUUAACAGGACAACUCUAAGCAUCUAUGAUCUGCUUGUGUGUGUUGAAAAUCAUAUUUCUCAGUCAGAAGUACCAGAAGGCGAACGUUGUACCUAUAUUGCCACGCAAGCAGCUAGACGUGUGUUGAAAAGUCUUAAUUCUUCUGUGUUUAAAGUACAUAUUUAACAUUUCUGAGAUCUUAUUGCAAUUUUGCCAAAGCAGCCCUAAAGUUUUCUUUUUAUAUAUCUAUAUAUAUGGAGAUUUGGCAUGUUUGUAUUGAGAAAAUAAAACAUGAAAGGAUUUUAUUUUCGAUAUUUACAAGAGAUUUUCGACGAAGGGCUUUCUUUCGAGCUUUUCGUGCUUGUCCAGGUGUUUUAAGCACAUUUACGGUUCGUAACAUGCAAUUUGAGUGGAUAACUGAUUGCCACAAGCGAUGUGUGUUGCAGGUUUCUAAACGUGCUUUCGUUCGGUUUGGUAAAUCGCUACUAAUCUGUAAAUAGAUUCUAAAGGGAGUGAACUACUCAAGGUUGGAGUCUGUCGACUGUAUUCGUUACUUUUUUUUUUAUAGAUUUAUGAAGCUGUACUGUAUGAGCGAGGUUUGGCAUCUGCCUCUGAGUUUACGUUUACUGUAUUUCAUAUGCAAAUGUUGAUUGAUUUGACCUCUCGGUACAGAUUAAUCUGGUUACAUUUGCAGUUUUGGGGCGCAGAUUUGAUCGUUUAUGUCCAGAUAUUAGCAAUAAACGGGAAAAACUCA